AUGAGUCAAAUUGAUGAAUGGGUCCAGGAAGUGAAGCGCGCUCAGCAGCAAGGCGAAAUGGUUGUAGCCGGUUCAUGUAACUUCAACCCACAACGUCAUUCAACGCAUAAUCUUGCUGUGGAAGAACAGCGUCCGGAUGCAGGAGCUGCUUCACGACUACUGCGUAAUCAGUCAAGGGUCUUAAUUCCGAUUCAAUCUUCUCUGGUCAAUAAUCCCGAUUGUAGCAAGGGUUCUAAACAACCAAUUUCUCAACUAGACUGUUCUAUUGACCAAUCGUCCGUUCCGGGCCAUUCAGUUUCACGAAGGGGAAACAGCAUUGUUUCAGCCGUAAGUCGAAGUGUUUCCGCGGUUAAUCAAAAUGUUAUCCGCCAGAGCCAUGCUUUCCCACAACAUUCCCGUCCACCCACUCGAGAACAGAUAGCUGCGCGCCAGGCGGUGUCGAAGGAUUUGCCUCAGUUUUCCGGAAACCCCGAGGAAUGGCCGAUUUUCCUGUCAACUUUCAAUAACUCUACAGCGAUGUGUGGUUUCAGUGACGAGGAGAACACUCUCCGACUUCAAAGGUGCCUUAAAGGCAAGGCGUAUGAAGCCGUUAGAAGUCGUCUGAUGCAUCCAUCCAAUGUGCACGGGGUGAUAGCGACAUUACGAAUGCUGUUUGGGCAACCAGAGGCUAUUGUUCAUUCGCUGAUUUCGAAAAUCAACUCGUUGCCGUCGAUCAGAGAGGAUAAGCUUGAAACGAUAGUGGAUUUCGCCGUCAACGUACAAAACUUUUGCGCUAUAGUUGAUGCCUGUGGUUUGGAGGAGUAUUUAUACAACAUCUCUCUUCUGCAUCAGCUCGUGUGCAAACUUUCUCCAUCGAUAAAAUUAGACUGGGCUCGAUAUAGACAAACCGUUCCUUCUGUUAACCUUGCGACGUUCGGAAACUGGGUGUACUCUCUCACCGAAGCGGCCAGUGCUGUGACGAUCCCGCCAAUUGUGCAGGAAUCCAAAUUGCUUAGGAACGAGCCACGAGGAGCAAGGAAGGGAAAUGCCUUCAUGAAUGUUCACUCCGAUCCUCAGCUCGAUUUCACAUCAUCAAGUCCGCCAAAGGUCCACGAAUACGUCAAGCCGUCUGCCAUUAACGUAUGUCUAAUCUGCAAAGGGAGUUGUAAGGCAGUAGAGAAAUGCAUGCAUUUUCAAGACCUUUCACGGGAUUCACGGUGGGCAGCGGUCAGAGAAUUUGGACUAUGCCGCAGAUGUCUCCAUCGACACAACGGUGGCUGUAAAGCAAAGCCAUGUGGGAAGAACGGUUGUGAGCUGAAACAUCAUGCACUGCUCCACAAUGAACAAAGGAACGUUGUACUGGAUCAGAAGCACCCAAUUUCAACUGGUAGGGCUCCUUCGCCACAGCCGGGAACCAGCCAUGAGCCCCGUAGGUGUAACACUCAUGGAAUCGACCUGGGUACUGUAUUGUUUCGAUACUUGCCGGUGAUUCUCUACGGGAAAAAUCGGAUGGUAAGAACAUAUGCCUUUUUCGACGACGGUUCGGAACUAACAUUGCUUGACCAAGAGCUGGCGAAUGAGUUGUCCUUAGACGGCGAUGUUCAACCUUUAUGUUUGCGUUGGACUGGGGGCACUCAGCGAAAUGAGGAUAAGUCAAGAGUCGUUAGCCUAGACGUAGCCGGUAUACGAAGCCAAACCAAGAAGUUCCGCUUGGAUACCGUGAGAACUGUCGAGGAGCUGUUACUUCCACCUCAAACGCUGAACGUAGACAAGCUAGCGGAUGUGUAUCCACACCUUCGAGGUCUACCAAUCGAUUCGUAUUUCGACGCUCGACCUCGAAUCCUUAUUGGGAUGAAACACGCCGGAAUAAGUCUCGUCCAGAAGACUAGAGAGAUGAGGUUGGAUGAUCCGAUAGCGGUAAAGACACGUCUAGGCUGGACGGUUUGUGGUAACUGGCAAAUGGAUCGAUCAAUUGAUUCCGCUCUGUGCACAUUCCAUGUUCAUCGAGCCGAUCAGGACCAAGAAACAGACGAGUCCUUGCAUCAAGCUAUGAAAGCGUAUUUUACGCUGGAUAGCCUUGGCCUGUCGAAACCAGUGAAUACUUUACUCUCGUCCGAUGAUCAGCUCGCUCAACACCUACUUCAAUCUUUGACAACGUUUCAAGAAGACCGAUACGAGACCGGUCUGCUAUGGCGUUACGACAAUGUGCGCCUGCCAGAUAAUCGAGCAAUGGCUCUGCGUCGACAUUACUGUCUGAAAAAACGCAUGGAAAAGGAGCCGGUGCUAGCGCAGGUCCUAAAUCAGAAAAUUGCCGACUACUUGUCUAAAGGAUACGCACGAAAACUCACCAACGAUGAACUGAGCCAAACCUUACCACGUGUGUGGUAUCUACCCAUAUUCCCGGUCACCAACCCGAAUAAACCCGGGAAACUUAGAAUGGUUUGGGAUGCAGCAGCCAAGGCUUUCGAUGUGUCUCUAAACUCCGUCCUGUUAAAAGGCCCUGAUCAACUGUGUUCGUUGCUGACGAUCCUGCUUCAGUUCCGCGAGCGUCGAGUAGCGUUGACCGGAGAUAUACGCGAGAUGUUCCACCAAUUGCGAAUUCGGGAGGAAGAUCAACAAUGCCAGCGCUUCUUGUGGGAUGACGAAAACGGCGAAAUUGCAACCUAUGUUAUGCAGGUUAUGACUUUUGGAGCCUGCUGCUCCCCUAGUAGCGCCCAAUUCAUUAAGAAUUUAAAUGCCAAUCGCUUCUCCAAUCAGUUCCCGGCCGCCGUCGAAUCGAUAACAAAGCGUCACUAUGUAGACGACUUGUUGGUGAGUGUAGACACGGAGCAAGAAGCGAUUCAGUUAGCGCAGGACAUCAAGUACGUACAUUCGGAAGGCGGGUUUGAGAUACGCAACUGGAUGAGUAACUCGGAGGUAGUGCUAUCACGAUUACAGGACAGUUCUCUAGAAGAGAAGAGUCUUGAUCUGCAGUCAGAAAUGGGCACUGAGAAAGUCUUGGGCAUGUGGUGGUGCAUGGCCUCAGAUGUAUUCACGUAUAAAGUCGGGUGGACCCGUUUCGACCAAGCACUGCUGGAAGGCCAGCGACGACCGACUAAGCGAGAGAUCCUACGCGUGUUGAUGACUAUCUUUGAUCCUCUAGGACUUAUCGCUCACUUCUUGGUGUAUCUCAAGAUUCUGCUGCAGGAAGUUUGGCGAUCCGGAGUCCAAUGGGACGAGAAAAUCGGAGACGAAUUAUUCAGGAAAUGGCAAAGGUGGCUGAGAGUUCUGCCACAGGUGGAAAUGGUCCGAAUUCCACGAUGUUACAACCUUCAUUCGUCCCCAGCGAAUAGUUGCGAUACGCAGCUACAUACAUUUGUUGAUGCGAGCGAGAAUGGGAUAGCAGCUGUAUGUUAUCUGAGAUUCGUUCGCGAUGACGUUACUCAAUGCUCAAUCGUUGCAGCUAAAACUCGCGUAGCACCGUUGAAGUUUGUCUCAAUCCCAAAGCUGGAGCUCCAAGCAGCUGUAGUCGGUGCAAGACUCGCACGAGCUGUUGGCGAGUCUCUCUCCAUCUCAAUCAAUAAUCGAGUGUUCUGGACCAAUUCGCGCGACGUUCUCUGCUGGAUCAAUUCAGACCAUCGACGUUACACACAGUUCGUAGCAUUCCGUGUCGGCGAACUCCUUGAAACUACGGAAGCUACUGAGUGGCGUUGGGUCCCUACAAAACUUAACGUAGCAGACGAUGGAACAAAAUGGGAGAGAGGGCCAGAUUUGACGCGUAACAGCAGAUGGUUUACCGGUCUGGAUUUUCUUUGGCAACCAGUGUCGGAAUGGCCCCAGCCAACGAUUACUCAUGGCUCAACGAAGACUGAACUGCGUCCACAUUUACUGUUUCAUCGAGCGGUUCCUGAUCCACUGUGCUGUGUGACCAAUUUCUCUAAUUGGCGGCGCCUGAUCAACGUGAUCGCAGCUGUUUUCCGUUUCCCAGCAAAUUGUCGCUUAAAACGUCGCAAGCAGCCGAUCCAAACGGGACCUUUUUCAAUGGAGGAAUUAAGCGUAGCGGAAAACUAUUUAAUUAGCCUAGCUCAGCUUGCCGCAUAUCCCGAUGAAAUGACAGUCCUGUCCCAGUCAAAACUGCAGGAAUGUCCGGCCAAAAGGUUGAUUCACAAGAGCAGUCCGCUGUAUAAGCUCACCCCGUGGAUAGACGAUUGUGGAAUUCUUCGAAUGCGAACUAGAAUUGCAGCUUGUCAGUUCGCCACAGAGGACGCUAGAAGUCCAAUCAUCCUACCACGUGACCACCAUGUAACCAAACUGAUAGUCUCGCACUACCACGGUAAAUAUCACCACCUGAACCACGAGACCGUUAUCAAUGAACUACGCCAAAAGUACCACAUCUCCCGAAUCCGUGUCAUUUACGCCAAGGUUCGCACAAACUGCCAACGCUGCAAAAAUGAAUCGUCGGUGCCAAACCCUCCAAUAAUGGCAGACUUGCCAGAUGCGCGGCUCGCUGCUUUCUCGCUCCCCUUCACGCACAUAGGAGUUGACUACUUUGGGCCUAUGGAAGUCGUGCUUAGCAGACGCGUAGAGAAACGAUGGGGAAUGCUAGUCAUCUGUCUGACUACCCGUGCAAUUCACAUCGAGGUCGUCAACUCAUUAAGCACCGAUUCCUGCAUCUUGGCACUUCGCAACGUCAUUGCUCGUCGUGGCACUCCUAGACGGAUUCACAGCGACCGCGGGACGAAUUUUGUCGGUGCAUCUCGAGAAUUGAGAGAAGCUGCUGAUUUGAUUGAUCAAAAUGCUAUAAUGAAGGAGUUUGUAAGCCCAGAAACCGAAUGGGUAUUCAACCCACCGUCCGCCCCGCACAUGGGUGGUAGUUGGGAGCGCCUGAUCCGUACCGUCAAAAAAAAACCUGAUGGCAACUUUACCUUCACGAAAGCCCUCCGAUGA